AUGGGGGGUGUUUAUAUGUGCUUCAAGUUGUUCUCAAAGAAUUUUGGGAUUUCAUCACAUCACAAGGGAAAGGUCCCAUUGCUAACCGCCACUGAUUGGCAGCAUCUUCAGUUGUUCAUCUUUGUGCUAGCUACCGUGCAUGCGACUUUCUCUAUCCUAACCAUUCUUUUUGCAAGGGCAAGGAUUCGUGAAUGGAAACAUUGGGAGGAUUCUGUCGCAAAUGAGUACUAUACAGAAGAAGGCAAUCUGGCAUUUUUCAAGCAAUUCUUUGGGUCUGUGACAAAAGCAGAUUAUAAGAUGGUGAGGCUAGGAUUCAUUGAUGUAAUUCUUCUGUUGGACCAUUUAUGCAGAGGUUCAAAGUUUAAUUUCUACAAUUACAUGAUCCGUGUCCUUGAAGCAGAUUUUAAGAGAGUCGUUGGAAUAAGUUGGUAUCUUUGGUUCUAUGUGGUCAUCUCCUUGUUGCUGAACGUCUGGGGUUGGCAUGCCUAUUUCUGGAUCUCAAUUAUUCCCCUCAUUGCAAGUGUGGGAGCAAAUUUGCCCACGAGAAUAUUCGCAUUCAUUCAGUUCCUCUGCAGUUACAGCACCUUACCAUUGUACGCAAUUGUCACACAGAUGGGAGCUAAGAUGAAGCCGGCAAUAUUUGAAGAAAAAACAAGUCAAGCCCUUGCUAAGUGGGUUCAGAAGGCAGAAAUGCGAAAGGCGUUGAGAGUAGCUGCUAGUGGUUCUAACCAAGUAGAUCCCAAUCAGGCUUCUAUGAUAGUUCAAUUCGCUGAAGUACAAAAUAAUGAGUCUGCAAGAGAAAUUGCGCCUGAAUUGCCACUUAGGGAAGAAUAUGAAGGUUUUCAUUUUGAGGUACCUUUUGAAACCUCACCCUCGCGCUCAAACCCAUAG